AUGUCAGACCCUACCAUACAGACAUUUUGCUGCCACCAUACGGGUAAUAAGGAAGAUUUGGCAAUCAAAAUUAUGGAUGAAUUUAAUACCCAAUCAUAUAACAUAGUUUGCUUAGUAUCUUCAAGUAUUGGAAUUCUUGGUUCCAUUUAUCAGAUAUUUCCAAGACGUAAACCAUUAAAUCUUCAAAGAAUGCAAAGUUUGUCGUCUAAACGUGGACGUCAUAUUAUUAUUUGGCUAGCUGUAGCAGAUUUGUUUGCUUCUCUUGGUGUUCUAGUUCGGUCAUCUCUAUGGCUGCAAUAUAAGAAUAUUAUGCCUAUGCCAAAUGAUGAUGUUAGCGUCUUGUUUUGCAGUAUCAUAUCGGCUUGGACUCAAUAUUUCUACACGGCUACUUGGUUUUGGACAUUUUUUUAUGCAAUAGAUACGUGGAGAUCAAUAAAAGGACAAAAGACUCGUCCAGUACUUUACCAUUCUUUGGCUUGGGGUAUACCAGCAGCCACUACAAGUAUUGGAUUAUCAAUACUUUAUAUCCCAAAUGCUAGAUGUCAUAAUAUACCAUCAAUUUCAAGUGCAUUUUUAAGAAUUUUGCCAAACUACUGUGCUACAUAUUUGCCUAUUGCAAUAGUUAUGGUGGCUAAUCCUAUUAUCUACGUUUUAGCUAGUAAAAAUAUUGAAAUGGCUGUGGCACUUCCCCUGGCUCAGUUUACAAGCAGGGAACGGAGGGUAGUUGACACUUUGAGAUUAAAAUUUUUUUUGAUAAAUGCUGUAUUUUAUAUAUGCUGGUUACCGAAUCUUAUAAACGGAAUCUUGCUGUGGACGAUGUGGUUUAAAAUGCCUGUUAAAGUAAUCAUUAUAAUAUGGUAUAUUAUGGCUUUUCUCAAUCCAAUGCAAGCUUUACUGAACGCUAUGGUCUAUCGAAAAUGGACGCCCGUUGAGAAAAAGUUCAGGCCGACACCCAAUUUAGAAAAAGAUUUCGAUUUCCAUGAUGAACAAUCACCACUUUUGGGGUCGGAACCACCCCGAUUGCCGCUGUCGCCCAUACCUCACGCUAUAAAUAACUAUGAAACUUUGUGAUGUGUUAUAUUAGAGUAAGAAAUUUGUAUGUGAUGUGAUAUAUUGGUACGUUUUGCAUUUAUAAUAUAAUUACACAAUUUAAUUUUUU